AAAAAUGACAGCAGCAGGCCAAUUACUUUUUGAUGAAUCUGGACAACCUUUUAUUUUGUUACGUGAACAGGAAAGGCAAAAACGAUUGACUGGUGUAGAGGCUUUGAAGAGCCACAUUUUGGCAGCUAAACAAGUCGCAAAUACGUUAAAAACAUCUUUAGGUCCUCGUGGAUUGGAUAAAAUGUUGGUUAGUCCGGACGGGGAGGUAACGAUCACAAAUGAUGGGGCAACUAUUAUGAAGAAUAUGGAUGUAGAACAUCACGUAGCUAAAUUAAUGGUGGAAUUGUCGCAGUCGCAAGAUGAUGAAAUUGGUGAUGGAACUACUGGGGUUGUUGUAUUGGCCGGUGCUUUAAUGGAACAGGCGGAAUCACUUCUAGAUAAAGGCAUUCAUCAAACCAAAAUUGCUGAUGGCUUCGAAAUGGCUUGUAAAAAGGCCUUGGAAGUGUUGGAUUCUAUUGCUGAAAAAUUUCCAAUUGACAAUAGAGAGGCAUUAAUUAGAUGUGCGAUGACUUCGCUUGGUUCUAAAAUUGUAAACAAAUGUUUAUAUCAACUAGCUUCAAUUGCUGUCGACGCUAUUUUAGCUGUUGCUGAUUUGGAACAACGCGAUGUUAAUUUCGAAUUGAUCAAAAUUGUUGGGAAAGAAGGUGGACAACUUGAAGAUACUGCUUUAAUUAAAGGAGUUGUUAUUGACAAAACUAUGAGUCAUCCUCAAAUGCCUCGACGUAUGGAAAAUGCAAAAAUUGCUAUUCUUACUUGCCCGUUCGAACCGCCAAAGCCAAAAACUAAGCAUAAAUUGGACAUUACUUCAACUGAAGAUUACAAACAAUUGCAAAAAUAUGAGCGUGAAACUUUUGAAAAAAUGAUACAAGAUGUUAAAGCAAGUGGAGCAACAUUAGCUCUUUGUCAAUGGGGAUUUGAUGAUGAAGCAAACCAUUUACUUUUACAUCAUAAUUUGCCUGCAGUUCGUUGGGUUGGUGGGCCCGAAAUUGAGUUAAUUGCUAUUGCCACAAAUGGGCGUAUCGUUCCUCGUUUUGCAGAACUUACACCAGAAAAAUUGGGUUCUGCUGGACUUGUCCAUGAAUUGACUUUUGGAACAGACAAUGACCAAAUGUUGUGUAUUGAAAAUUGUCCUAAUAGACGAGCUGUGACGGUUUUGAUUCGUGGUGGAAACAAAAUGGUUAUUGAAGAAGCUAAACGUUCACUUCACGAUGCAUUCUGUGUUGUUCGCAAUUUAAUUCGUGACGAUAAAAUUGUCUAUGGUGGAGGUGCUGCAGAGUUGGCUUGUUCUAUUGCUGUUGCACAAGAAGCUGAUAAAGUUGAAGGAAUUGAACAAUAUGCUUAUCAAGCAUUUGCUGAUGCAUUAGAAAGCAUUCCAGCAGCUUUAGCAGAAAAUUCUGGAUUGCCACCAAUUGAGACUUUAACAGAAUUGAAAGCUCGUCAAAUUCAAAAUGUUUCUGUGUCGUCUGACGAGUCUUUAACUGCUAGCAACACAAAAUCUGAUGAGAAUAAUAAAUGUUGUUAUGAAAAGUUGGCAUAUUUUUUGGGUGUUGAUUGUCUUCAAAAAGGGACUAAUGAUAUGAAAUCACAAGGCGUUAUAGAAACUUUAUUGUCUAAAAGAGAACAACUUUCGUUGGCUACACAGGUUGUCCGAAUGAUUUUAAAAAUUGACGAUGUUCGUGUACCUGAAGAUGAAGGAGCAAUGUAUGGAGGAAUGGGCGGUGGUUUUCAAUAA